AUGAGAGAGCAAGGUGGCGCCUGUCGCCACCACAUGAAUCUCGAAUCGGGAGAACAGUCACUCGACAUUUACGCCUAUCGGUCAAGCACUUUACGAAAAGUUGGUUUUUUUUUCUUUUGUAGAAAAUUGAGAUUUUUAACUGGGUUUUUCAUUGAUUCAUUCGGUUUUUUCCUGUUUUUUCUUGAUGAUUUUGGUGAAAUAGAAGUGAGUUGUGGCUCUUCAAAGUUCAGUUUUUCUUUUUCCACUAUCUGGUGGUCAUUUCUAUUUCAAUGAUUUUACUUUGAACGCCGUUUUUUUCAAUCUUUGAUUGUUCUUUUGAGCAUUUUCGAGUUUAAUUUUUUUCCUCUAUAUUUAAAAAUUCUCAAGUUUAAUGCCGUUUUUGAAACAAAAAUUUCGAUUUCUUGGUCACAAAAAAAUAUGAAAUUUCUAUGUUUUUGAAACAUUUUUCACGCCUCAAAUAUGUUCUUUUUUUCUCUUCUGCUGUUUUACAACAUGAUUUCAUUCAAAAAAAAGAAAUCUGGUUUUUGGCCACUCAAUUUUUUUCUCGUCAAAUCUUGUGACAUUUACAUUUUAUUGCUCUGAAAAAAAGGGCCAUAAAAUGAUUUUUAUAGGGCUUUAAAUUCAAAACUUUUUUUCUUGUGAAUAAUCCAAGAAUAAUCGCGAAAAAAAUGAAGUAUGAAAAUUUUUUUAUUUUUUUAGGUUUUUUUACAAAACAGCUCUUGUAAUUUUUCUGAAAUUUCAUAACUCUUCAAAUGUAAUACAAGUAUUUUUUUCAUUUCAGAGAAUCUUGAUUUCAAGCUCUUACUCAUUUUUUUAAAUCAAAUCUUUUUGACAAAAUCAUUGUAAAUGUUUAUAUUAAUCAUAAAUUCUAUUUUAUUAUAGCAAGAGAAUUUCUUUCAAUGUGACUCUUCUUUGAUACUGCUUUAAAGUUGUUCAGAGGCUUGGAUGAAGUUUGAAGAUAAUGAUAGGCUUGAAGAUAAUGAUAGGCUUGAAGAUAUGCAUUUCUGAGUUUACUGAUCCUCUGAGCUAGUAACUUGUUAUUAGUGAGAAAGUUAGCAGCUUCAAAUCUCGAAAAAAAGAAAGUUUAUCGAGGCUGAGCUCAUGAAAAACCAUGAAAAGAAAAAUAAUUCUCUGGUUUUCAAGAAAAAGAAAUACACAUACAGGCAUUCCAAUAGUCUUGAAGAGACUUAUUUUCAAAAAAAAUCUUCUGUUCCUUUAUUACUCGAAAAUAAAAUUUUGAUUCAAGAGAGAAUAAUUGAGGAAGCAUUUUUAACUGCUACAAAAGUUAAAACUUGAAAAAAGGUCAUCAAGAAAAGAAAAAGUUAAUUAAAUAAGUGAGUUUGUUUCAGUUAUUCUAAAAAAAUUAUAUUGCCGUGUUCGUCGGAGAAACGGAACAUGUUUUAAAACGCAAAAAAGUUUUCAUCGGCGCCAUAAAUUUGCUCGGAAUCAUUUUCGACCCUAAACGAGAACCGGACGUUUCUGAUCAGUUCUAGGGAUCACUGAAGAGUGCUGACGCUACUAAAGUGGUCACUAGAAAUCCUCCGACACGUCCGGUUUGCGUUAACAAGGUCCGAGUUUCAAAUUUUUGUUUCGGAGCAUGUUUAAUUCUGUUCGAUGAAAACGUCGUAUAGUUUCGAAUCAAUCGUUUUAAGCACAAAAACCAAACUUUAGGUGCUUCUCUAUGCGUUGUCGGUCUUAACGCUUGGAACUUUUCGAUUGAUCCUUCACUGGAAACAGAAAUGGCGCGUGCGAUUUUGCAUGGUCCCAUGCACGUUCCACUACGCCGAAUACGUUCAUAUCAUGUGAGUUUAUCUAGAAAAUGGAUUCUGAAGAUAAUUCGGAAAUUCCGGCACCUUUUUGAACGGAUUCAAGCUAAAAAAAAUCACCUUUUUUCCCACACAAAUUUUUAGAAAUCUCAUUUUUGGAUAAUUUCAGAGACUCUCACGGCGUCGCCGAACUCCAGAGGAUUUAUACGAAGAGACGAAGUUCCAAUGAAGAUUCCAUUGUUAGUUGAGAUUUUCUUUCUCAUUCAUGGUGAAGAAUUUUUAAAAAAAGGGAUAACGUUUGAGAAAGAAAAAAAACGACCACUUUAAGAAAAUUUGAGGGCUUCCGAGAUUUUUUCAAGAAUUAUCUAUCUUUUGAAAUCAAUUUAAGGCGUGACUCAAAAGAAAGAACUUAAUUUUGACGUGAAAUGCUCCUAUAUAAUGCCAAAAGAUCAUGACGAUUUUAAAGAUAAGCUAUUUUUAAAGGGAGUGGGCUCAAAAAGUUCAAAAAUACAAAUAAAAUUGAAAAGUUCAGUUCUUUAACUUAAAAAUUCGGUUUUGAAUCCAAAAUCAGUGGCAGUUUUGCAGUGAAUACAUUUUUUCAAAAAGUUUUACUAUUUCUUGACUAAUUUGAGGAAUUAUAACUCAAAAAAAUUACUUUAUCGGAACAUGAAAUGGUCCUAGAUGAUGCCGAAAGGCGAUGGAACCAUGCAAAACGUGCCCGAAAUGCGUUGGUUCGUGUUCCGAAAACUGAGCUACGUCUGGGUUGAACUGGAGGAAAAUGAAGACGAGGAAUGCGGCCGAUGGAUCGCCGCCAGUGACAUUGAUAGCAAGGUAAAAAAAACCUUUUUGUGAAUUUUCAUUCAAAUUUAAACUUUUCAGAUACCUCUAUCGUGGUUCCUGAGCGUUUCCGAACAAUCCAAGGGCUUUUCGAUGGACGAGGUUUGUGAAUUUAUGAAAAAAAAUUGCUCAAAAAAUGAGUUAUACCUCUCGUGGACGGUAAUAAAAAUAUAUAACAAUUUUUUUGUGCUUUUUCAAUAAAGUUUUUUUGAAGGUAAGAAAUCAUUCACAAAAAAAUAAAAAAAGGAUAAAAAUAAAUUUUUAAGAGUUUUUUUCCUUUUUCAAGAGGUACUUCGAACUUUAACCCUCUAUCAUACGUUUCAAAGAGUAGUUUUAAUGAAAUCUAGGUAAGUUUUUCAAUGAUUUUAGUAGAGAAUUCUGGUUUAAUAAUAAUUUAUUGAAAAAUAAGAGCAAACCCUAACAGAAUUCGCUUGGAUUCGAAAAUUUAAAAAAAAAGAGUGAAAAUAGGAAAAAUAACGUCUUUCUAAAAGGUCCUUAACGGCUUUGAAGUGAGAGAAAUUUUUUUUUUCCUUGUGAGAAGUCUUCAAUCUCCAGGUUGCCCGCCGAAUGGAAUUUUUCGGUCGAAAUGAAAUCGAAGUAAAAUUGCGACCUCUAUGGUACUUGCUCGUCAUGGAAGUCAUCACUCCUUUUUACGUUUUCCAAAUUUUCAGGUGCUUUUUUAGCUGAUUUUUAAUUUUUCAUUCGGAAAACUCUGAUUCCUCUGCGCUCUCUUCUCCCUCGGCGAUCCUCUCAAUUUUUUUUUCUCUGAAAAAACCAUUCAAAAAGUGAAAAGUUUGACUUCGAAUGAAGAAACUUUUUUUUUCGAAAAAACUACGAUUUUCUGCUAGACAUUCACUCAAAAAAGAUAUUUACAGCUUUUUUUUUUUCAUUUUCUAACUAUACCGGUGAGGUAGAAGAGAGCGCAGACAAGUCAGAUUCUCCCAAAAUUGUGAGAACUUCCAAUAUUUUCGACAUUUAGUGUCACUGUCUGGUACAAUGACGAAUACUGCCUCUAUGCCUCGCUAAUUGUCGCAAUUUCCUUGAUUUCUAUCGUCACCGAAGUUUACCAGAUCCGGAAACAGGAAAAAGCGUUUGUCGAGUCCUAAUACGAAAAUAUUGAUUUACCGGGUUUAGUCUACGGGAUAUGGUCCAUUCAAGCGAAGAGGUCGAGGUUCUCCGGAAUAAUGGAGACGUCGUUCGGAUCGGAAGCGAACAGGUUUCCAAUACACGAUUUUUCUGUUUCAAAAACAUUUUGCCUUUUAUUUGAAAGUUGUUUUGUUAAUCGAACAGAGAUACAUUUUUUAAAAGUCAAAAAUAACUUUCUUGUCAAAAAAUAAAUCUUCAAAAAGAAGACAUUUUGAAUUAAUUCUGUUCCGAAACGGAAAAUGAAACUGGUUUCUUCUGUAAGAUUAGUAAUUUUUUUCAAAAUCCAUGAUUCUCACCGAGUUUUUCUAACUUUCCAAAAAACCAAUUUUUUGACUUUUUGGUUCCCAUCCAACAAUAAAACGUGGGAAGCGGGUGAAUUUUUUUGAUAUGGGAAACAAAUUUUUUUGCAUAAUUUUUCACAUUUUUUUCUGGAUGAAAAAAAGUUAAGAAGAAAUGGAAAUUGACGGAUACGAAGGUAAAAAAAUGAAGUGGGUAUGAGGAGUUUAUACAGUUACAACCAUUAAAAAAAUAAAUAAAUAAAAUACAACAAAAAAAGUUUAGUUUCAUUUUUUUGUGCGACCUAUCAUACAGCGAAAAAAAUGAAGAGAUAAAAAUUAUCGACUUUUUUUGAGUUUAUAUUCUUUUAAUUAGCCUUUUUGCGGAUAAUUUUUUUAUGAGUUUUUUUAAAGAUUGUUUUUCAUAUUUUUUUGACUUUUUUUCAAGUAACUUCUCAAACAAGCUACAGCCAUAAAUCUUGUAGUAGGCGAAAGCCUGAAGCUGAAAUAGGGCUUUUUGUUGUUGAAGAAAUACACAUUUUGGUCUUUAAAACCCACAGAAAGCUGAAAAAUUAGCGUUGUAGUACUUUGAAUUUUACGCUUCUUUUUAGCUGGUUCCCGGCGACAUUCUUCUGAUUCCCCCGCAUGGAGGCGUUAUGCAGUGCGACUGCGUACUGAUGAACGGAACGGUCAUCGUCAACGAAAGUGUUCUCACCGGAGAAUCCGUCCCAAUCACUAAAGUGAUCACUUUUUCACUCCUUCUUUUCGAAAACUAUCAAUCGAUAAUUUAUAUUCAUUCACCAAUUUUCCGGAUUAUCCUCCAGAAUUUUUAUCAACGGAACACUGGAAAGAUUGUUUUUUGUUUUUUAGGAGUUUUUCCAGGAAAAAAAUCUUCAGUAGUUUCAAAAGGGUCUUUGUGUGUUUGCAUGUUUGAAUCGAAUUCGUGAAAUAGAAAAAUUCAUAUUAGCUGUUCAGCCAUUUAUUUGGCUUAUAGUCAAUUUGAAACGGUUUUCUAGAGUUUUAAAGCCGAAAGUUUCGAUCUUGCGUCGAAUGAAUACUGAGAAGAGCUUUAAGCCUUGAAAAUUCCAAAAAAUCAAAAUAUAAUUUUAUUUAUUUAUUAGGGUGGCAUGAAAGAAAUGCGGCUCGUUUUUGUCGGCUUCUAAUUCAUCCAAGAAGCAAUAUUAUUUAGAACGGUAUUUUUUGUCGAAAAGGGCUUGUCCUUGUGCGCCAUUGGAUAUAUAGUUUGCUGACUUUCAUUCCGCCUUUCUAUAAGAAAAAAAUAGCUCUGAAAAACUUUCUUUCAAAAAAACUAUAUUCGCGGACCUAGUUUUCGCGUUAUUUCAAAAAGUACAAAUCAAAUUCAGAAGCUUGGCACCUUUCAAUAUUAUGAUCACCAUUGAUGCUUUUUUCUGAUAGUUAAUAUUUUGAAUUGCUUUAGCGCUCUUCACUAGGCGAAAAGACCUUUGAAAUCAAAAAACACGGAAAAAUCGACGAUAAAGGCGAUUUUAAAAGGCCAUUAGACUGGAUACACAACAGACGCCUGUGAAACUGGCUCAUCAGUUAAUACACACCCAUAGCUGCAAGAGAAAACAGUUUUAUUACGUAGUGGAGUGCAAAAAGGAGAAAUGAAAAAUGGGUUCACAAUAUCGCUUUUUCGCUUUUUUGCGAAAAUGAGUUAGCCCAAAAUCAGAAAAAUUGUUCUGCAAAUUUCUGCUUUUCCCGCUACAAUGCUCAGACAUGGCUCUUCGCAUUUAUCAUCUGUCCGAAUCAUUGGAUCGCUAAACAGCCAAAAAAAAAUUGAAAAACUCCGAUGAAGUCCAAAUUUGGGGGUGCAACUUCUUUGACUCGUAGGCGGCCUAGUCUGUCAGAGAGAGUAUCCAUUCUCUGCGUGAGCAUUGUUGACAAGGUGCUAAUACAGAUGGGAAUUACAGUUCGAAUUGAUUUGUGAUAACCUUGUUUUUAUGAUAAAAUUAAAUUACAUCAAAAACACGCAUUUCUUUCCUGCCACCCUAAUAUCUAGUUCUAGUAAAUAAAGUGUUUUUAUUUUCUAAGGUCGCCCUGACGGACGACGGCCACGAAACGGCUUUUUCCAUCGAAAAACACUCGAAACACGUUCUUUUCUGCGGAACCCAUGUGCUCCAGACGCGUUUCUAUCAAGGCCGCAAAGUCAAGGUUUGUUUUUUUUUUGGAGUUUAUAGUCAAAUCACCUUUGAAAUGUGUGUUUUUUGACUUUGAAAAAUCUGCCUCCAUUUCUCAAGCUUUUCUGCAAUUUUUCAACAAAAGCUGAUGUUUAGACAUCUAGAAGCCAAUUUUACAGAUAGAAAGCUCAAAAAAGGCGCAGCAAAAAGUGAAAAAAAAACGGUGCAAAAUAGCUUCUUUUAAGAUUUUUUAGCGCCUUUUCGAGAAAAUUUUAUAGUAUUUUUCCACUGUGAACCGGAAAAAUUCGCCUCCCUUGAUUAAUAUGUGAUGCGUUUCCCAAAAAAACAAAUUUUUACUGAUUAAAAUAAUCAGUGAGUUCUUCGAAGUAUUAGGUAAAUGAAAAAUAGAAAAAAUAGUGUAACUUUAUUUUCCCAGUUUAUUUCUUUCAAUUUGAAUUUAGAUAAAAGUGUUGACAUUGCUGAGUUUCUACAGUUCGAGUUGACGCAGCUCUGAAUUUUUUUUUUUGGUCAUUUUCAGCUUUUCAUCCGAAAGAUGUGACUUCUGCGAACAUUUUGGAGCCAAAAUUUAGAAAAAAAUCAAGUUGACUAUCUCGAAAAAAAUCAAAAAAAGAGAAGCACCUAAAAUGUUUAGGCGAUAGUCCUCCGCACCGCCUAUUCCACGUUGAAGGGCCAACUCGUCCGCUCGAUCAUGUACCCGAAACCCGUCGAUUUCCGCUUCACCAAGGACCUCUUCAAAGUUUCCGAACUCUUAGUUCAAAAAAUCAACAGUUUCCCUUGAGUUUGUCCUCUUCUUGGGAUGCAUUUCGGGCUGCGGGUUCCUUUACACGAUUGUCAUUAUGAUCGAGCGCGGAAACCCGAUCCGAAAAGUCAUCGUCCGUGCCCUGGACAUCAUCACCAUCACAGUUCCUCCAGCUCUUCCUGGUAUGUUGAUGAGAAAACUAUGAGAAAAUAACAAGCUUAGAAAACACAUAUAUUUAUGAGAUAAUUUUCAAAUUUAGACUAAAAAUCUUGUGGAAAAAAAACUCAUUCUAUGGCCGAGUAUUUUUGGCAAGAUCGCUAAGAAAAAAAAUCAAGAUUUUAAGCUUUUUAAGGUAUCCUAGAAGCCUAUCAGAAAUGUCCCAGCAGUCUUUUUUCCGUCGGAAUUUUUUUCAUAUCGUCAGGAAAAUUUUGCCACACUUUGAGUACCUUUUAAGAAGCUUUCAGGAGAAUUUUGAUUCUAAAAGUUUCACUUUGUAAAUUACUGAAUGGCCGCUAGAGAAUAUUUGAAAGCACUUUAGGGAUCCCUUGGUUCUAAUCAGCCGUUUUCUACGAAAUUUAAACGCGGCCUGAAAUUUUUUUUUGCAACCCUUUUGAAGUAGAUCUUUUUCAAAUACUAUCGAAAAACAGUGGUUUUUGAAAUUACAAGUUUUGAGACCACUUUUUAAGCUGCCAUGUCCGUGGGUAUUCUGAACGCGAGAUUCCGGCUUGAAAAGAAGAAAAUCUAUUGCAUUUCUCCCUCGACCAUCAACACUUGCGGAGCAAUCAAUGUGGUUCGUUGACUAAAAUAGAGAAAGAUAGUGAAAAAGAAAAAAUCGCGCAGUAUGGAGUAGAUAAUCGAAAGAUAGGAUAAAAUCCACCAGUAAAAAAACUGAAAAAAAAACAAUAAUUUCUAUCAUGAUCCUAUUGAUUGAUUGAUCUAGCUUACCAUGGUUAGAAGUCCAAUAACGCAUGUUCAAAAUGCAUUAUUUGGUUAAGACGCGCCCGACCUGAUACUACUUGCGCGCUUUUAUACUAGAAACAUCCCUCCUCCCGAGUUUUUUUUUGCCACCACGGCCUUCCUGAUCUUGAAAAUAAAUUUUAUACCUAGUUUUUCAAGUUUUUGUAAGUCAACUUCUCCUCCUGCACCAAUUGAGUUUUUUACUUGCUGAAAAAUGUGAAAUGGUCAGAAAAUAUCCCUCGAUACUAUUUUAACGAGAAAAAUCCCAAUUUUUGAGCAAAUUUUAAUGCCGCAUUACCAAAUUUGAAGUUAGGUAACCCCUCGAAAAUGAAAUUAUCAGGUCUGUUUCGACAAAACGGGAACUUUGACCGAAGACGGUCUGGAUUUUCAUCUGAUGCGUUGCGUGGAUUCUGAUCAGAAAACUCUUCGUUUCCGCGAGGAAACUAAAGAAAUGAACCGAGCAAAGUUGCCCAAAGACGGAGAAAUGAUCAGGGCCAUCGCGACUUGCCAGUCUUUGACCAGGUUUUCCUUUGAAAAGCGAGAAAAUUCAACAGAGGGAGUUAUUCAGAAUCAAUGGACAGCUGAACGGGGAUCCGCUGGAUUUGAUCCUGUUCCUGAAAACUGGCUGGUCUCUGGAAGAAGGCGAAGUUGCUGAGGAAACGAUGCUCUUCGAUAAUGUUCAGGUAGGAAUUGGACAAGGAAAAAAGGAAAUAUACAUGCAUCUUACAGGGAAGUUUUACAGUAAUAAUCUUUUUCUGUUGUUUUUAUCUUUCUCAGUUUUUUGGGAAGCUGAAAGUGUACCGACAGAAAAGUUACGAAAAAUUUCUUUUGCUCACAGCUUUCUCGUGUGGACCUAAAUCUUUUUGAAACUCUAUAAAGCUGCGUUUUUUUUUUCUGCAAUCUAAAGUUUCGCCGGAGUGUUACAAAAAACGCUCAUAAAAACUCCAGAAAGUUCCAGAACGAUUGAACUCCAUACAUAGAAGUUGUGAUCAAAAAACCGUUUUUUCAUGCUUUUUUUUGGACGGAGCUGUAGGAAAAAAAACUCUAAAUUAGUCCAGAAAGAUUUUUUUUUUCAAUAAAAAAAAAUAUAAACAUUACAUUAUCACAUUUCCAUUUUACAGCCAUCUAUCGUAAAAGCCUCCGCCUGAAGAAACGGGAAACUCACGUGAAGAAUAUUCCGUCAUUCGCCAAUUCACUUUCAGGUGAUUCGCAGUGUUUUGAAGCAAGUUAGCGCUUCUCUAAAAAUCUCCAAAAUUUAAAAUUUUUGUUGUUAAUCUUGAAUUCGGUUUUACCCUUUUUCGGUGUAAAAGUUUUAUGCGUAGGGAAAAAGAAGAGAGGUGAGAAAUUAGAAUGUCGAAAAUUUCAAUGGGCUGAACUAUUGCCGUGUUCGAAUCCAUUUCCUCGAAAAUCAAAUUUAUCUCAGACUCUCCAAAAUUUAUUUUUUUCACUCUUUGACGACUAUUUUGCGGAAUCAUUAUGAACCCUGGCAUAAAGUCUGCUCAUGUUUUGAAUUUUCAAACUUGUCCUCCCUCAAGCUCCGCCCCUAAUGCCGGGAUAAUAGAAUCAGAAAGAAUUUUUUUAAAGAACGUUAUUACCCAUAAAAUUCAAAAUCUCAACAGACUAAAUCCAAAUUUUCGCUAGUUUUUGAAAAGAAAUCGGUUUUUUGUUUGUAUUCUUCUGCCACUUAUCUCAAAUUAUUUUCUUUUUUGAAGUUCCUCUCUGCAACGGAUGUCGGUGAUCGUCUUCGACCCGAACGCCGCCUCCGAACACAACAUGACGCUCUACUCGAAGGGCUCGCCGGAGAUGAUCCUCUCGUUGUGCAGACCAGAAACUGUUCCGUCCGAUUACCUGGUCUUUUUUAUUUCCAUUUGACUAGAACUUUGUUCUAUUCUUUGAAAAUGUUUAGUAGGAUCACUGUAUAAUUUUGAGGUUUAAACUAUAGUAGUCGAAGGGGCCCCUUAAGAGGCAAAAUUGUAGUGGCCUCUCUAGGAGUCUAGGUGGUACUACGAGACCCUAUAAUUUUUAGUGGCCACUAAGAAGCCAAAGCGGACUCUAUAGAGGCGGUUUUAGUGGCCACCUUAGUGUCCUCUUCUAGUAGCCCUUGAGGAACCUCUAAAGGGGCCACUGGAGUUCUUCUCACAUCUAUUUUACUCAUCAAUUUUUUUCCAGUCCAUCGUAAAUCAGUACGCCCAACACGGUUUUCGUCUCAUUGCCGUCGCUCGAAAAUCACUCGACAUGAAUUUCAACAAGGCUGCUAAGAUUUCCCGUAGUGCGGUCGGUUGAUUUCUUUUCUACUUAAUCAACUCGGUUUUUUUCUCAGAUUGAAUGCGAUUUGGAACUUCUCGGACUUGUUGCCAUGGAGAACCGUGUCAAGCCGGUCACUUUGGACGUGAUAAAUCAACUCAAUAGGUUUUUUUAUCAGAAAAAAAUUUGACAAAGGAAUUUUUGAAGUUUUUUAAAAGUGGAUUCUAAAAAAAUUACUCUUCAGGCUUCAAAUGAUAUGAUGUUCUCAUUUCAAAUUAUUUUUGACCAACAAUUAUAACGAAAUUUGAGCCUCAUUGAUAGGGGGGCAGGGUGGUUAAAUUACGUUUUUGCGCAAAGAGCUGAGAUCUCAAAAAAAAAAGCGUAUGCACGAAAUGGGUCAAAACUUCUCCAAGGCAAAAAGUUCCAAAAUUCAAAGACAAGAAGUGUUUCAAAGUUAUGUGUUUGAAGAGCGAACAUCCGAACGGUGAUGGUGACCGGGGACAAUCUGCUGACGGCCCUGAGCGUCUCCCGGGAAUGUGGUAUCAUUCGACCCACCAAACGGGCCUUCAUCGUCGAACAUCGGCCUGGCCAGACCGACUCCCGCGGUCGGACCCUCCUCGUCGUCCAGCAGGCUUGUCCAGCUCCAGAAGACCUUUGAAGACGUUGAAAGUUCUUCAGUCGGUCUCUUCGUCGGGUGACGUCGUCGAGGACUUGCCCAACGGCCACAGCUUCGCGCCGGCCAAUAUUUUCGACUUGGAGGGACAGUUUGGGUCUUCCACCAACAGCAGCUAUCACCUAUCCGUCGCUGGUCAAUAAAUUUCGAUUAUCAUGUUUUCUCCUUAGAGAAAGAUUUUAACUUUGGAUUUUUUUUUUUGCCUUUCCAAUUUUUCUUCAAUUUUUUCGUUGUUUUCAUUAAACUGAAAAAAAAGGUAAAGGCUAUUAAAAAGUUUGAAGUGCACUCAAACUACUGAAUUUACUUUUGAAUUUUCCAAGCUUCAGAAAAAAAAAGAAGGAUCUGAACAGACUGCAGAGAAAGAGAGGUCAAAAAUCUCUCUGGCGUCUCUUCAGCACGUGGCUGCUCUCUUUUAACUCGACUUUUUUCGCUUCAUUUUUACAUUUUCUGCGCAUUCUUUGAUCAAAUUUUGAAAGUUCAAAAUUUUAUUUUGUGGAGUUAUCAAUCAGUACAUCAGAUAGUGCCAAGUUUCGAUUGGAUUUUUCUCACUUCUGAGAUAACCUCCUCUCUUUUCCAGGACCAACGUUUGCCGUGGUGGUGCACGAGUACCCGGAACUCGUUGAGAAGUUUGUCUGCGUCUGCGACGUUUUCGCGAGGAUGGCGCCCGACCAGAAACAGUUCCUCGUCGAGCAGCUCCAAGGCGUCGACUACACGGUCGCCAUGUGUGGCGAUGGCGCCAACGACUGCGCCGCUCUCAAGGUCAGGAGACUGAACGACCUCGUCCAGCUUUUCAUUUUCCAGGCUGCUCACGCUGGAAUUUCUCUCUCUGAUGCCGAGGCUUCCAUCGCUGCUCCCUUCACCUCAAAGGUAUUUCUCAUUUUUUUGAUGUGACAGUGCAGUUCUAGUAUAUGUUGAUUAUAGUUUAUAGAGUAUAUAUUUUUGUUCAAAUGACCCCUCGAGGUAAAGAUAGAGAAUUCUAAACUUCACACUAAACUCUCCUCGGGUAAAAAGAAAACUCUAGGUGGCCGACAUCCGGUGUGUUCCCACUGUGAUCAGCGAAGGCCGAGCCGCUCUCGUCACGUCUUUCGGAGUCUUCAAAUACAUGGCCGGCUAUUCACUGACACAGUUCCUCACUGUCAUGCAGCUCUACUGGAUCUCGACCAUUCUGACCGAUGGACAGGUAAAUACAAGGAAAAAUUAGGUAGCUGUUUUUUGAGCGAAGCUGAAAGACAUUCAAUACAAUUAGAAAACCUUUAGAUUGAAAUUUUCUUGUCGUAAAACUCUUUUUUGUUUGGUAAUUUCACAAUUUCACGUGAACCAUUCUUGACUCAAAAUUGAUAUUCAAGGGAUCAAAAUUAGUUUUUUUUUUCUUUUGUCUAAAGCCAUAGAUGUUUUUCUAUCACGCAAGGCUCUGUUUCUAAAUUUACGGUUGAGAUUUUCGGUUAUUUACAUUUUUUGGUAGACUAUUUACCAUAUACUUGCGCCAUCGUUUCCCUCCCUCGAGAACUUCAAAACUUGCUUUAUUUCAGUUCAUGUACAUCGACCUGUUCCUGAUCACGACCUUCGCCGUGUUGUUCGGAAACACCCCGGCCUCGAACAGACUUGCUCCGACGCCACCGCCAAACCGACUUCUUUCCUUCGCCAGCAUCGCCUCGGUCAUCGGCCAACUCUUCAUCAUGGCUUUUGCUCAGGUUUGUCUUGCGAGAAAAAUGGUCGAAUGUCCUGAAAACGGGCGCAAAAAAAGCCGCUGAAAGGGUUCCUAUUUAAAGCCUGUCAAUUUUGCCCAGAAUUUAAAGGCUUAAUAAAAGGUGGAAAAGGCAGCGAAAAGGGUCAAUGUAGGCUGAUAAAAGGGUGCAAAAGGAAUCAUUUUGGUACAAACUUGGUCAAGUCUUCUCUCGAUGUGACCUCAGUUUUCACGAAAUCUUUCUUCCGCCUUUCUAGGAACAGUUAUAGAAUACCUUAGAAGGUCCAUCCCAUUCUGCCAGUGAAAGUUGACAAUUUUCUGCUCUAAGAUCUUGGUCUUCAACGCGACAGCUCAACAGCCCUGGUUCGUUCCCUACGCGCCGCCGACGGCUGAUGGACCCGAGGACAAGAGAAGCAUGCAGGUAUGGAUAAUGUGUAGAAUUACCAGUUGAACUUUCGAGGUUUUCGGUUUGACGAUAAGUCAAAGCACAUUUUGGAGUAAACUAGCUUUUGCAAAUCAAUUUUUAGGACUUCUUUCUAGUUUUGGUUUCUAGGGUUAAUGUCUGUGAGCGAAAAUUAACAUUGAUUGAAUAAUUUUCUUAACAAGGAAGGUCGGUUGGGAUUAUCCUGAAAUAUGACCAGAACACUCCUUGAAUUACCAAAAGAGAAUCCUGAAAGUCUUAAGAUUCACAAAUUCCUAGUUUUGUAGGAAUAUGGACUCGAAAAAAGCCUUCUUCAACGGAUUUUUAUCCUUUCUGUAUAUAUCUUACACUCUCAAACUCCAGGGAACCGCCGUAUUCUGCGUCUCGAUGUUCCAGUACAUCAUCCUGGCGGCCGUCUACUCGAAAGGACCUCCAUAUCGAGGCUCAAUCAUCACCAACCCGCCUCUUUGCGUUCUUUUCUGCAUCACAACUGCUGUAAGUUCUGAGGCGAUGUACGUGAACGUUAGCGUAGCGUAAAUGAAUUUUAAGGAAGUUGAAAUAAUUUACGCUAUCGCAUUUACGUUGCGUGAAGUCUCAUGCAUUUUUGCUCUAAAUAUAAUUAGACAAUUUUCAACAAAUGAAAAACAGGUGUCGAUUUUCGUUGCGGCCUUCCCGCCGGACUUCGUUCGCAACAUCAUUGGAAACUUGCCGUUGGCCUCCUGGCAAUUCCGAGUUUUCAUCCUUCUCAUCGCCGCCAUCAACGCUUUCGUCUCCUUUUGCUUCGAGAAGUACUUCGUCGAAGGCUUUUUGUUGGGAUAUUUUGAAAGGUUCGUUUUUUCAAAUCAUUUGGCGGCUGAGCGAAAAUACUAGACAUGCAAUCAUUUUUAUGUUGGGACGCGUGCGGUUGCGAAGUGGUUGAAUGAUUGAGCUCAAAAUAAGAAGUUUAAGAGAGUUAGAAAAUCUAGGUUCGAAUCUUCGAGAUUAGAGAGCAUUGGUAAACAUGAGGGCAUUCAGAGAAGAAAAAAAAUCCUGCCCUCUCAGUUUUGAACGCUCUCUAAUUUCCGAAAAUUAGAAUUUUCCACUUCAAAUUCGAUAAACAGAAAUUGCGAAAAGUUUCAAUGAAACAAUUCAAACAACAAUUUCGGAUUUUCAGAACUUUUCUGAUUUCUGAUUGAAAGGUUACGCUCUUUUAGAAGCUUUCUUAACGGAUCAAUCUCGAAAAAUGGUCAUUUUCAGAUACAAGAAGCAGAAGAACCUGGGCAACAGUUUGACCCCAGUAGCCUCUUUGGGAAAGUCACUGGGAAAGAUGAACGGCUCUUCGAACCUGAUCAAGAGGAACAGCGUCGGCAACAACAAUAACCAGACUGGCACAGGCUGUUCCGAAGGAAACGUCGCUCUAUUUGAAAGACUCAUCGCGGCGAUUGGCACCGAGCCUUUCUGGAUCAUGAACUCGGAUCGCUUCGAGACCCAGGAGACGGCUCGCACCGAAGUCCUCUUCCAGACCUUCUGA